GAGAGCGGCAGCUUGCUGCAGAGAGACCGGGAGAUGGAGAUCGGGGUCGGGGUUUGAUGAGGCUUAUAAGACACUGCAGAAUCCUUCCUCGUCUUCCCCGUCUUUGUUCCUGAAACCGCCGUCCCCUCUGUCUUGUUUGGGAGUGUCCGUGUUUCCAUAUGAGACUUCCUACAUUAUGGCCCAGAGAAGUUCCCCCAGUGAAGAUCUGAUUGAGUUCUGGCUUGACAAGGCAGUGGAAUGGGGCCAGGCCACGACCUUCACAUCCCAGCAAGACGUUUGCCUGCACCUGCAGAAGCUCAGGACGUUUCUGCAGCAGCUUUGCCAGAAGUUGCAGACCAUGAAUACCACUGUGGCCAUGAGAACGUUUCCCCUGGUGGGCCAGUUGUUUGGAAGACUCUGUUGGAAUCCAUAUGUAAUAGCGGAUGAAGAGAGCCAGAGGACGCUGCUGCAGUGUUUAUGGUGUCUAUAUAGUGCCGAACCUCAGAAUACCGUAGAACUGAAGGCCAACGACUGGCUCUGGAACUUAUUAUGUCACCUCAUUUCUGAAGAAGACAAAAGUGCAGCAAGCACUUCUCUCCAGACUUUGAGUUGUAUUCCUGAGGAACUGCAUUCAAACCUGGUCAAAGAUAUGGUUUCGUCAUUAGUGACUGAACUUGCAGGAAUCUGCCAUAAUGGAAUUCACAUGCCUGCGAGGCCUCUGUCUGACAGACUGCACAGCCUAUCCGUUUUGUGUCUGCCUUUGGUGACCCACCCGGAAGCUGCGCCUUUGAUUGGCACCCUGCUCUUGUGCCCUGAAUUUGGCCAUAAUGGAGCUCUUAGCGCGGAGUUCCUGGAAGCUGUCGGAAAAGCUGUGCUGGAGAAGAAGUUAGUUCUUGAUGAGCCGGAAGUCAUGAGCCUCUGGCUGCGCUGCCUUCCCAGUCUUGAAAAGGCCACGUUACAUCUGAUUGACUCGUUGGUUUCAAAUGAGUCUCUGUUGCCACAAGACAUGGAGCACCUGAUGAUGGAUUCUUUAUUGCCCAAAGCCUCAGCCUACCAUGCCCCUAUAUUUCUGACCGUGAAAGACAUUUUCAGGCAAAUGCUUCUGGAGUCCAGUGAAAACACACCAGUACAAAGUAUUAUAAGGCUGUUCACGCGCUGCUUUGUCCAGUCACUGCUGCUUGAGGACAUGCAGGAGAGGCUGCCCUUGAAGGUGUUCUUUCCUCACCAUCCUCAGUCUCUGGUGAUGGCCCUCCUGAAGCUUCCCUCAGAAGUGCCUUCUCAUGUGUGGGAGGAACACUUGAAGUGGAUAAGCUGGACGUUAAGAAACGUUGUGGAAGUAGAAGAGCUCACAGGGUCCUGCCAGCGUCUCUUUGAGAAUUGGUUCUUACUAGUCCAGUGUGGAGACUGGGUGGAUGUCGCUGCACAGCAUCUAACUGCGUCAGACUCCGAAACCUCAGGGGCACUGCUGUGGCUUUUGGCUUUCUACCAUCAUCCAAACAAUGAAAGCCAGCAGAGGUCUGAAUCACUGGCAGUUGCUCGAGGCGUCUGCGAUCAUCUGAAGUCGCUCUUCGCCAGUGCUCCUCCGACGGCAGCGCACCUCGAGACGCUUUUAAGCCUCGCAGCCACAGACUCUCAGCAGUGUCGCACACCACACCUCAUUGAUCAGCUUGCAGUGAACUUUGUGGUCUUUUCUGAAGGUGGAAAUGCGGUUGCUAAGGAGGUUGUCCGAGCGAUGAUGCACUGGAGUUCAAGAAAAGUAGUGUCUGCUUUGAAAGCUGGUAUUGAACAUAGACUAAACAGAUAUGGAUUAAUGGACUUCAAAGCUCAUUCAAGGCUGAAGAUAAUGCAGGAAGUUCUUCAGGAGCAGUGAGGUGAAAGUCAGUAUAUAAGAUCUGCCAUAGCUGAAAUAAUUUGUCAUUGUUGUAUUAACAUCCCCAUGGCUAAACAAUUUAUACUAAUUUUUCAGAUAUAUGCACUAUUUUUCUAUGUGCUCUAUAAAUGUGUAAUGCUUAUCAGAAUCAUUUCUGUAUAACCAUAACAAAUGACCAGAUAUUUGAAUUUUAUUUUGUUUUAAAUCUAAGGAUUCUGGCUAUAUUUUCCACCACAUUUUAUUUUUGACUGAGGACAACAAUUACAUACUUCAUUUUUUUUUAUUUUUCUUAGGAGCUCUGAGUCUUUUGCACAAGUCCAUAAUUCUCAGACCACAAGGAUUGUAAAUCUAUGACUGCUGAAUUUGGAAUAUACAGGGGUACCACAGAAAUGUUAUUUUAAUCAUAGUUACUGACAGAUGCAGGAAUUCAAUAUUUUGAGGACAGACUGUUCUCAAGUUUUGUCCUUCCAGUUUUCAGUUCCGUUUUUCUCUUAUUGCAAAAUUUUAAACAAAAAAAAAACAUUUGCUUAUUGUAAAUAAUUACAGUAAAGCGCGAUACUGGUAGAAGACAGAUUAUAUACAGAGUGCCAUAGUGCCGUCUUCAAACUGAGCAAAGUGCUGACUGGACAAGCAAACAGAUAAGUCAAAGAAACAGAGGUGAGGUAUUCCUCAUGAUAAUCUUUUCCAAAGACAGUAUAUCGAUGCUAAUUUACCUCUGAUUUGUUUUAAAGUGUAUUCCACACUUCUUGCCAAGCUGUGCCGAAGCUGAACCACACAUUGAUAUUCCAAGAGCUCUUUUAUGGCACGAAUGUGAUCUCUGAAGAAGACUACUAAACCGUCCCAGUUAAAAAGAGACUUCAGUUACUUGGCUUAGCACUUUUUGUGAAACUGUCUAUAAAUUUAUUAAAACAUUUAAAGUUUUAGAUUUAAA